CCCCCCCCGGGCUGGUCUCUCUCUUCUCCUGCCCGUCCCACAUUAGUGCCGCCUGUGUCAGGUCUGCAAUGGUGUCUCUUCAAACGGUGCCAUUUUACUGCAUGCUUAAAACUUUAAAGGGGUACGAAACAAGCACUAUUUCAGGAGGACAAGAGGGUUACUUUUUUUUCCAAAGGAGAAGGACACCUACCUUUUCCAGGAGGGAUUUGGUUUAUCGUUGUGUUGUGAGGAGUUGAGAACAAGUGUCUGGAUUUCUAUUUGGAAUAUCCCCGUUCAACUGGGCAUUACAUAGGCCUAUUGUGUGCACUUCUUUAUAACUGGUGCCGUUCCCCAUCGCUCUCCUUAGGGUUUGUGUGUGUGUGUGUGUGUGUGUGUGUGUGUGUGUGUGUGUGUGUGUGUGUGUGUGGGUGUAUUGUGUGUGUGGGUCAGAAAGGCAACAAACUCUGGGGGUGUCAGUGUGCACGUGCUAAACCAUUGCACUGCAAAGGGAAUGAUCCCUCGUUUAUCUGGUAUCAUCCCUCACUCUCCUCGUUUAUCUAUCGUCCCUCUCAACCCUUUGUUUUGAGAUUAAUCAUGGCCUCCUUUAAGACGUGGCUCUUGGGACUGUUCCUAACCCUGCUCUGCACCUUCCAGACCCCUCUUGCCCCUGGCGUCAAGGCUCAAGACCUGCCGCUGGCCCCCCAACAGGAUGUAGUAGCUGAUGACGAGGGGGAGCAUGCAGCGGAUGUAGGGGGAGAUGAUGACGACGAUGAUGAUGAUGAUGAUGAUGGGGACAGUAAAGAGGAUGAUGACAAUGAUGAUGACGACGACGACGAUGAUAACGACGAUGAUGAUGACGACGACGAUGAUGACGACGAUGACGAUGACGACAACGAUGAUGACGACGAUGAUGACGAUGACGAUGAUGACGACAACGAUGAUAACGACGACGAUGAUGACGACGAUGAUGAUGACGACGAUGAUGAUGACGACGACGAUGAUGACGACGAUGAUGACGAUGAUGACGACGACGAUGAUGAUGAUGAUGAUGAUGAUGAUGAUGAUGAUGACGACGAUGACCACACAGAGGCUGACGGUAAUGAUGACGAUGAUGAUGAUGAACCGGCUGCAGCUGAUGACAACGAUGAUGAUGACGACAAUGACGAUGAUGACGAUGAGGAAGAGGACAAUCAACUGUUUCACAAAGGAUCCCUCUGUUCAUACUGUGAAUACUGUGAGCACUGUGACACCUGCAACAAGUGCCCAUGUGCAGAGGGAGAUAAGUCUGCGAACUGUGACACCUUUCAGAUGUGCAACUUCUGCUACGUGUGUCCCAUCUGCAGCACACUUUGCCAACCAGGUGGUUUUCUGGACGAGCUGACUGGAUCAAUCUAUAAUUACUUCAAGGAGCGCCCCACCCGAAACUGCCAUUAGCAUCGAGUCACCACAUGCCGCGCCCACUGCCAUUGAGGCUGCUUCUAACAGUGCGGCUCGUGCGGAAUGGACGGAGAAACGAUUAUCCACACAAUGUGGAAAGAUGUCCUUGGCUGAGAUGGGAGAACCUGCCAGAAGGACAGGACUCUCUACAGCACUACACCAAUCUGGGCUUCAUGGGAGAGUGGCCAGGCGGAAGCCACUCCUGAGAAAUAGGCACAUGACAGCAUGCUUGGAGUUUGCAAAAAGGAAUGUGAAAGACUGGGAUCAUAAGGCAAAAUAUUCUGUGGUCUGAUGAAACAAAAAUGUAACACUUUGGCCUGAAUGCAAAGCGCUAUGUCUGGAGAAAACCAGGCACAGCUCAUCACCUGUCUAUCACCAUGGUAGUGGCAGCACCAUGCUAUGGAGAUGCUUUUCAGCAGCAGGGACUGAGAGACUGGUACGAAUAAAGAGGAACAAUGAAUUGAGCCAAAUGCAGGCAAAUCCUUGAUGAGAACCUGCUUCAGAUUGCAAACUACCCUAGACUGGGGUGAAGAUUCACGUUCCAACAGCAACAUGGCAGAAUGGUAGAGAAUCCCCAAUCCAGAUGUGCAAAGCUGAUACAGACGUACCCAAGACAUACCCAAGAAAGCUGUUAUCGCCACCAAAGGUGCUUCGACAAAAUAUUGACUGUGUGAAUACUUAUGUAAAUGAGAUAUUUCUGUAUUUCCUUUUCAAUACAUUUGCAAAAAUUUCUAAAAACAUGUUUUCACUUUGCCAUUAUGGGGUAUUGUGUGUAGAUUGGUGAGAAAAAAAUAUAUAAUUAGCAAAUCCAAAUGGCAUCACACCCAAAUGCACAUGCACCUCACCCUGUGAUUCUUUCAAUAGGCCUACCCGUGUGAGUAGAAAUGUGAAGACUGAUGCUCAGUAAAAUCAAUAAACCAUCCACUUGUUCCCUUUAUCCGUUAGGACUGUAGCCGAUGUCUUCGAAGUUGACAAAUAAGCCCCUGUCGCCACCAUGUGGCCAAGGAAGAUGCUGCAACCAAGGGAUUGUAUUAUCUCUUAGAUUCACUGUCAUUAUUCUCACUUUUAAUAAGUUAUAAAUAAUUGUUCUGUCUUUCUUAUUGUUGACUGAGAACACCACAAACAUGCAAACUGGACAUAGAGAUACUGGAUAGAUUGAAUACACAUAUUGGAUAUAAUGGAUAGCCUAUAGAAGUAGAAUGAGAAUAACUUUAAUUGAGCUAUUUGUGUAUUAUUUUUAGAUGACAGGUUUAUGGUAUUCUUCUCAGGAACAUGCAUUCGUAUUUUAAAGUCAUAUCUGUGUUUCUUAAAAACAGUGGGGUUGUAUGAAAUUUUAAAACAUUUGUGCUGUACUGUUUUUAUGUGCACUGUCAUAUCAAAUGGAAAAUGCAUCUAGAAUUAGGCUAUAAUAGUACAGAAUAUGUUGGCAGAUGUGCGCAAACAUUGGGUAUUUUAUAAUUUCAGCUUCAAUUGGAAGAUUCAUAUUUUGUAAUGGGGAAUAUAAGCAUAGAGUGUAAAUUGUUGACUGCCAUUGAGUAGAAUGUACAGUAUAUACUGAACAAAAUAUAAACGCAACAUGUUGGUCCCAUGUUUAAUGAGCUGAACUAAAAGGUCCCAGAAAUUAUACAUCUCUCUCAAAUUUUGCACACAAGAUUGUUUACAUCCAUGUUAGUAAGCAUUUCUCCUUUCCCAAAAUAAUCCAUCCAGCUGACAGGUGUGGCAUACCAAGAAGCUGAUUAAACAGCAUGAUCAUUACACAGGUGCACCUUGUGCU